AAGACAACGCCGCGCACUCGCGAAUUCGUCAUUUGAAUACCGUCGAGAUGUGCUAUCUUCCAUCCGCAACACAUGCCCUGGGACGUUGCAUUUUCCCAUGCGGCAGUUUUCUGCAACGCUACGGCCAGCCAAAAGUGUUGAACGCUUGGCCCCUUUUUCAUAUAGCGACCUCAUAGAGGUGGGAUCGAAACGCAGAGAUGCAAUCAGGCUACUGGAAGUACUUCCAGGGAGAGAAAAUGAGCCCUUGCGGUGCCAUAUGCGACAUGUGAGCCUCGCCCAAGCGCCAGCAUACGAGACCAUAUCCUACCGGUGGGGAGAUCGGACAGAAACAGAAUCGAUCGAAUGCAAUGCAACUGCGUUGAAGAUACCUGCUAAUCUAUGCAUGGCCCUGCGUCAAGUACGUCACGCUGACCGGUCGCGAUUGCUUUGGGCAGACGCCGCAUGCAUCAACCAGGCGGACUUGCGAGAAAAGAAGCAGCAUGUCCAACUUAUGCGAGACAUCUAUUCGCGGUCGCACCGGACCCUCAUAUGGCUCAGCGACCAGCGACAACUCAACAUCUCAUGGUUUGCGCGCGUGGCGAUUUUCAGUGCUCUUAGCUUCUUCAAGCGACGUGUUAGGGAUGUCGAUAUUCCCGAGAUGACUUUCUAUGACUAUCGCGGCGGAAGAAUCGAGCAGGUCUCUCCAAUGUCUGUCCGUGGCUACAUGGCCUUUGCAGAUAUGCUACGUAAUUCCUGGUUCAGGCGAGCGUGGGUUGUGCAGGAGGUCGCAGUCUCAAGAUGUCCCACGGUGAUCUGGCAUGGUUACGAGAUUCCCUGGGCAGACAUCGUUUGCUGUCUUGAAUUUCUAUCGGGUAUGGAUUUCGGACUUGCAUUCAUCCCUACGCUGCAGCACGUUGCUUCCAUUGAGAGUGAGAGACAACGCUACCGAGGAAAUAAAGGCGAUCUGCUCGGCAUCUUGCAGCGACACCAGCGAUGUGAGGCCACAGAUGUGCACGACAAAGUCUUUGCAUUUGCGGGCUUGACGGCAUCGUUGCCGCACGGCUUCACCAUUGAUUAUGAUAAGCCCGUGGAAACCAUUUACGAAGAUGUUGCUAGAAAUGUCCUACUUAGCGACAAGACUCUGAGUCUUUUGAGUCAGCCCGCGACUAUGCAACCUCGAAACUUAGCCUUGCCAUCAUGGGUACCGGACUGGAGUGUUGUGCGAGCAGUCAAAAUGUCGCACUCGUGGGGUCUAGAGGCCCUUGCUCUGGCGAAGAAGACCCCGUUGUCUGGCGAAAAGUCGCGUGUGAAGUUUGCAGCUCCGGAAAUGAUUGAUCUUCCUGGAUUUGCGGACGAGAAACAUGUCCUACAUGUGCAGGGCUAUGUAUUCGACACAAUCGAAAAAGUGGGAGACAUCUUCGAAGGCGUCGAAAUGCCGCCUCCAGCGGCCAGUAUUCGUGGAAUCAUAAGAGGAUGGAUCUACACGUGGAAGACAUACGUCAAGGCUCAGUGUGUUUUGAUGGGAUGGGAAGCAAUAGCGGAAGUGCGCGAACCAGGCAAGACAUACGCACCAACGGGAGAAAAAAUUCUGGAGAGCUACUGGAAAACAAUCACUGCCGGCGACUACCCUCACAUCGAGGCCGUUCGCUUCGAGGCCAAAUCCUGGAAUCGUAUCAACAGACUGGCUUGGAAGUUGAGAAAGCACAAGGCGGAACGGCUGGUCAUCCUUCCGUACUCCGUUCUGCUGAGCGCCUGGCUGCUUCUAGCCCAGGGUCCGGUUUUAAACUUCCAGAUCCAAGGUCACUACACAUUAUUUAGGCGCCUCGCAAAGUCAAAAAAGGGUUAUCUGGCUCUUGUAGACCCGCAGACCAAGGUUGGCGAUGACAUUUUGCUAUGCAGGGGCAGCAAUGUUCCGUUGGUUACCAGACAGAUUCUCAAUUCUUCAGACAGAGUACUGGUUGGAGAUGCUUAUGUUCAUGGCAUAAUGCUCGGUGAGAGCUGGGAAGACGCACAGUGUACGAAGAUUAGUCUCCGCUGA